CCCUUGAGCAGCUGUCAGCGUUCAACGGUGGCAGGUCAGGAGUACGCGUAAGGUGGCGGACAUGUCCCUGGGGGUCCGCGGUGCCUGGUGGUGACUCCGGUGGGUGACCAUCUCCAGAGGAUGAUCACACAGCUUCCCCACGCUCACAGCACUGCAAGACACGCUGCACUCACUACGCGAUGCGGCUCAGGGUGCAACGAGGAGGCAACGGUCUCCUCUCUCCCCUCCGCUCAAAGCAUCUCCUCUCCCGGUUCACGUUGACGUUUCCUCCGAGUAGUUUUUUGGAGUCUUGUUGACGACGACGCAUACGACGUUUGGCCCAUUUCUAGUCGUAAACUGUGAAGUGCACCAUGAUUUGAUCUUUAAAACGAAACAAGCGCUAAUAGGAGUCACCUGGAAGCACAUGAUGGCCAACGAGCUGCAAACGGAUCCAGGCGGGCUGUCGGUCCUGCAGCAACUCGGCUUGGACCAGAACGCCGACCUCUCGGACUCCAGCGUGCAACAGCGCCUGGAUGAGUACCGCGAGAGGAUCCGCCGGGAAAUCCGCAAGGAGCUCAAGAUCAAGGAGGGAGCGGAGAAUUUACGACGGGCCACCACCGACAAGAGAAAUGCCCAACAGGUGGACUCGCAGCUACGCAGUUCCAAACGCAAGCUCGAGAAUCUCCAAGAUCAGCUGCAGGAGCUUGAUGCACUCAUUGUGGUCAAGGGACACAACGAGAACCAAGAUGCUGCUACGUCGCCAGGCUCAAUCAGUCGACCGUCCGCCAACCAACACCGUAUUGCUGCGUUGGAGCGCCAGCUAAACAUUGAAUUGAAGGUCAAACAGGGUGCAGAAAACAUGAUUCCCAUUUAUGCCAAUGGAGCCACCAAGGACAAAAAACUUCUUCAGACAGCUCAGCAGAUGCUACAGGACAGCAAGACAAAGAUCGACAUCAUCCGCAUGCAGAUCCGAAAGGCCAUGCAGGCCACGGAGCAAUCUGAGGAUGGCCAAUGUAAACCUGACCUGUGUGGGGUGGAGUUGCGCGUCGAGGAGCUGUGGCAUCAUUACCGCGUGGAGCACGCAAUGGCGGAGGGAGCGAAGAACAUGCUGCGAAUGCUUGGUGCAGGGAAGGUCCAAGAUAAAAAGGCCAUGGCAGAGGCACAGUGUGGUCUGAGUGAGUCAUCCCAGCGUCUGGACCUGCUCAGGUGCUCUCUGGAGCAGCGGCUACUGGAGCUCCCAGAGGACCACCCCAAAGCCUGUCUGAUCAAGGAAGAGCUGGCGUUUGCUUCCUCGUCAGCUUUCAGCAUCCGCCAAAGCACACCCUAUGUUCACAACCAGUACAGCACCCUGAGUAAACCAUCACCUCUCACAGGAACUCUUCAAGUUCAUCUUCUGGGCUGUGUGGGACUACCAGAGGUUGUCCCAGGCAGAAGCAGAGGGACCCCUGUGGUUCUUCCCGCUUAUUCUCCAGCAGAUGGACGCUCCUCCUUUAAACUAAGUGGCCUCUAUAGCCGCAGCACCAGUAGCAUGAGCUUGAAGAUCCCUGGCAAGAAUGAUGAGCUGUCGACGGAAGUGAGCGCAGUGCUGAAGCUGGAGAACGCAGUUGUAGGUCAGACCGCUUGGAGAACAUUUGGAGAUCAGACGUGGGACCAAAGCUUUACCGUGGAACUGGAGAGGUCCAGGGAGUUGGAGAUAGCUGUGUACUGGAGAGAUUACCGCUCCUUGUGCGCUCUCAAGUACCUGAAGCUGGAGGAGUUUUUGGAUAAUCAAAGACAUCGAGUAAAGCUAGCGCUGGAACCUCAGGGGCUGCUGCUGGCAGAGGUCAUCUUUUUCAACCCAGUAAUAGAGCGAGGCCGAAGACUCCAGAGACAAAAGAAUGUCUUUUCCAAACAACACGGUAAGGCGUUCCUGCGUGCCCGCCAGAUGAACGUAGACAUCAGCACAUGGGUUCGCCUUUUGCGGAAUGCCAUCCCAAGUGGAAGCAAUUCAUCCGCAUACACACCUGGCUUUUCAAGCAACACACACACCUCUGGAGAAAUUUCAGUUGAAAAGUUAAAUCUGGACGCAGAAUCUCCCCUCAAAGCUGAGAUCAGUGCGCAGCAGACGGCCGCCAUCGAGUCCCCGUCCACGCCGGAUGUUCCUGUUCCUGACCCCCCGACCAGAUCACAGUCUCGAGACUCCUUGCGCAGAGCAAGCAGAGGCCCCGUUUGCUUGCAGGAUUUCAAGCUGAUAGCCGUGCUCGGCAGGGGGCACUUUGGCAAGGUGUUGUUGUCGGAAUCCAAGCGAACUGGAGACCUGUACGCCAUCAAAGCUCUGAAAAAAGGAGACAUAGUCACACGGGAUGAAGUGGAAAGUCUGAUGUGCGAGAAGCGCAUCUUUGAAACCGUCAACAGCUCCCACCAUCCGUUCCUGGUCAACCUGUUUGCGUGUUUCCAGACGCCAGAACACGUGUGUUUCGUCAUGGAGUACACGGCAGGAGGGGACCUCAUGAUGCACAUACACGCGGACGUCUUUUCAGAGCCACGUGCUGUGUUCUACUCCGCUUGUGUGGUCUUGGGUCUCCAAUUUCUUCAUGACCACAAAAUUGUUUAUCGAGAUCUGAAGUUGGACAACCUGCUGCUUGAUAUCAAUGGUUACGUAAAAAUAGCCGACUUUGGGCUUUGUAAAGAAGGCAUGGGUUAUGGGGACAGGACCAGCACAUUUUGUGGGACGCCUGAGUUUUUGGCCCCUGAAGUACUGACAGACACCUCGUAUACUCGAGCAGUCGACUGGUGGGGCCUCGGGGUGCUCGUCUAUGAGAUGUUGGUCGGAGAGUCUCCCUUCCCAGGUGAUGAUGAAGAGGAGGUUUUUGACAGCAUAGUGAAUGAUGAAGUACGCUACCCGCGCUUUCUCUCCACCGAGGGCAUUGGCAUUAUGAGACGGCUACUAAGAAGGAAUCCUGAAAGGCGGCUUGGCUCUGGAGAAAAAGAUGCUGAAGAGGUCAAAAAACAGCCUUUCUUCAGAGAUACGGACUGGGACGCCCUCCUUCAUCGGAAAGUCUCGCCUCCUUUCAUCCCGUCCAUCGCAGGAAAAGAAGACGUCAGCAACUUUGAUGUGGAGUUUACAGCCGAGGCGCCGACCCUCACGCCGCCCCGCGAGCGACGCACCCUCUCCCGAAAGGAACAAGACUAUUUUAAGGAUUUUGACUAUGUGUCUGACCUCUGCUAGGGUCUGGCAAUCUCAAACACUGAGGAGAUGAGGACGGGGAUGAACAGCUGGCUUGGAUCAGCGCAUCGGCCAUUUUGUGAUCACGUGUCUCGCACAUCUGCAGUGUCACUGACCUGCUGACCUUUUAGACAAUCUGGAGGGGCUUUUAGAGGAAAUUGAGAAGACAACCGAAGAUAAUCCAGAUUAUGUAGCAACUGAGUUGACUGGUCGUGCUGUGUGGAAUCAAUAUCGAAUCGGCAUCAUUGUCAACGGAAUGCUCAACGAGCCAAAAAAGUAUCAAUUGGAAGCUGAUUAACGUCAGGGUAGAUUUUUUUGGGUCUUUUUUUGUCUGCUGUGCACUGCUGCGACGUGUCCUUCUGACCCGGGGCUCAGUUAUAAAUGAAUGUACGACGUAUCAUGCGCAACUUCAAAAUGAACACUUGAGGGCGCCAAAGAAAAAAAAUGCUUACUGUCAGUCAAUUUCUGUUGAUUGCGUCGGAGACAACACGUGAUGCUCUUUAAUAAAAGACGGCAAAUUUGUAAUAAUA